AUGGCUCCAAAACUAAAUCCAAGAAGAGUUAGACAAGAGAUUGGUCUUGGUUGGGAUCAUGAGAAAAAAACAGUGUUAGCUUCUCAAUCUUGGUGGACUGAUAAAAUUAAGAUUAAUCCAGAAUUCGCUAAGUUUAAGAAUGAAGUUACUGGUUAUAGUGUUUGGGCGCCAUCGGAAGAUCCAAAUCCUGAAGAAUUUAAUCAGAACAAUGAGGAUUUCGAGAGUGAAAGUGACAUGAAUUAUACAAAUGAAUUUAUUGAAGAAGGCAUUGCUAAUUAUACAGUUGUUCAAAGUCCUACUAGAGAGAAAAGAAGGAAAACUUCUAACAAAAAAGUUGAGAAACGAGCUGGAAUAGCAUCUAGAUUACAGGACUCACUUGAUCGUAUUUUAGUUGGUAUGGAGUCAAAAGCUGCAACUAAGGGAGAUGAUCCUAGCUCAACAGAAAAUUGCAUCAAGUUGCUACGCAAAUUACCUGGCCUAGAACCAUAUAGUCCACAGUUCUAUUUGGGAAUUAGAUUAAUGGCUAAGCCACAAUAUAGAGAAACUUACAUUGCAUUGAGUGAUGAUCCCAAUCAACAAUUUGGAUGGAUGAGUGAUUAUGAAACAGAUAAUGAUACUGAAUAUGAAGAGCAUGAAAAAGAUUACAAAUCAGCUGCUAUAUUAGCUAUUUGUGGAGUUGCCGAUUAUUAA